AUAUCAGUGGAACCUCAGUGUCCGUGCCAUUCAUGAGAAGCUACGAGCGCCAAUACAUAGAGGCUUAUGAUGGUUUCAAGGUCCUCAAGAUACCUUAUCGACAAGGCGGUGUUGAUAACAAUCCCACCUUUCCUUAUCGACAAGGCCGUGUUAAUACCAGUCGCAGCUUUCCUUAUCUACAAGAAGUUGAUGCUACCAAUAACAGCUUCCCUUUUGGACAAGGUGGUUAUAGUAACAAUGUCAGCUUCUCAAUGUACUUUUAUCUCCCAGACAAGAAUGAUGGAUUGGAUGAUCUUGUGAAGGCAAUGGCAUCUAAUUCUGGAUUCUUGGAUUAUCAUGUUCCAAGAUUCAAAGUUUUAGUUAAAGAAUUCAGAAUCCCAAAGUUUAAGAUCGCUUAUGGCUUAGACGGCAAAGACUUGGGAUUAAGUUCAAUGGCUUUGUAUCAUAAAGCAUGUGUGGAGAUUGAUGAAGAAGGCGCUGAAGCUGCUGCUGCAACUUUUGCAGCCCCUAAACCCGGAUGUUUGAGAUAUAUGGAGCCUCCUAAGCGUAUAGAUUUUGUGGCAGAUCAUCCCUUUGUCUUCUUAGUUAGAGAAGACACAAUUGGUACUGUUUUGUUCGUUGGUCAGAUUUUUGAUCCUUCCGACAAAUCUUUUUAGGCUUUUAGUUUGGUUAUAUGGCAACAUGUGGAUCUAAGAUUUAAGAUUUAAUUAUGAAAAAUGCAGAGGAGUUUGAUUCCUCAGUUUGCU